AGAGACAGCAGCAUUGGCAGCAUAUUGUCAUAUUGUUUGUAAAUCUGCAGACGAAUCGUUUCAGAAUGAAGUUUAUUCAUUUGGUGAAGAUUAAACGAAAGUUUCACAGGCUCAGGGUUUCUCUGAAGAAAUGUAAACAUUCAAGUAUCACAGAGACGAUGUCAGGAAACAGUCUGGUAUUACCCAUAGUUCUGUGGGGCCGUAAUGCACCCACUCACUGUAUCUCCAGUCUGCUGGUGAUGGACGAUCUGAGCACCAUCAUCACCGGCUGCCAUGAUGGACAGAUCUGCAUAUGGGACAUGACUCCACAGCUGGAGAUUAAUCCCCGCGCCCUGCUGUUUGGACACACGGCGUCCGUCACCUGUCUUUCCAAGGCCAGCGCCAGCAGCGAUAAACUGUACCUCGUCAGUGCCUCCGAGAGCGGUGAAAUGUGUUUAUGGGAUGUCAGCGAUGGCCGUUGUAUUGAGUUCACAAAGCUGGCCUGUGCUCACACUGGUAUACAGUUUUACCAGUUCACCAUUGGCACACAGAGGGAGGGGCGUCUCUUGUGCCACGGACAUUACCCAGAAAUCCUAGUGGUGGAUGCCACCAGCCUGGAGGUCCUUUACUCGCUCGUGUCUAAGAUUUCACCGGACUGGAUCAGUUCAAUGAGCAUCAUUCACUCGCACCGCACGCAGGAGGACACGGUUGUAGCUGUAUCUGUCACUGGGAUUUUGAAGGUCUGGAUCAUAACAGCAGACGUCAGCAGGAUGCAGGACCUGGAUCCGGUGUUUGAAGACGAGUCAAGGCCCAUCUACUGUCAAGGGUGUCAGAGUAUUUCAUUCUGCACAUUCACACAACUCUCACUGCUCGUUGUCUGCUCGAAAUACUGGAGAGUGUUUGACUCUGGUGAUUUCUCUCUGCUGUGUUCUGUCCCGAGCGAGAGCGGUCAGUCCUGGGCAGGAGGAGAGUUCAUCUCUGCAGAUAAAGUUAUAAUAUGGACUGAAGAUGGUUGCAGCUACAUUUACAAACUACCAGCCAGCUGUCUCCCAGCGAGUGAACAUUUCCGCAGUAAUGUGGGAAAAACAAAUGAAGGAUCCAUUCCACCCCUGGUGUACAGCAUAGCGGACCGCACUGACAAACAGCUCCUCAUUUGUCCGCCGGUCACCCGGUUCUUCUUCGGACGGAGGGAACCGUUCCACAAGCUGCUGAUUCAAGGAGAUUCAGCCGGGAGACUGACGGUGUGGAGCAUUCCAGAAACAUCUCCUUCACAGACUCCCUCAUCCGCUGCAGAACUGCAGGUGUCUGGCAGCAUUAGUCUUCAGGAGGCGUUUGAUAAACUCACUCCCUCUUCAGCGGGCAUCAUUGACCAGCUCAGCGUCCUGCCCGGCUCUAAUGAUCCCAUCAAAGUGACGGCCAGCGUUUACAUCCCUUCUCAGGGUCGACUGGUGUGUGGCAGAGAGGAUGGAAGUAUCAUACUCGUUCCUGCUACACAGACGGCCAUCGUUCAACUACUGCAGGGUGAACACAUGCUGCGUAGAGGAUGGCCUCCUCAUCGAAACCUCAGAGGUCACAGACAUAAGGUCACGUGUUUGCUGUAUCCACAUCAGGUGUCUCCACGCUACGAUCAGCGCUCGCUGGUGUCUGGAGGUGUUGACUUUUCUGUCAUCAUCUGGGACAUUUUCACCGGCGAGAUGAAGCACAUCUUCUGCGUUCAUGGAGGGGAAAUCACGCAGCUCAUCGUACCUCCUGAAAACUGCAGCACUCGUGUCCAACACUGCGUGUGCUCGGUGGCCAGCGAUCACUCGGUCGGUCUGCUCAGUUUAAGAGAGAGAAAGUGCAUCAUGUUGGCCUCCAGGCAUCUCUUCCCCAUCCAGGUUAUUAAAUGGAGGCCGUGUGAUGAUUACCUGGUGGUCGGAUGUUCUGAUGGGUCCGUUUAUGUGUGGCAGAUGGACACAGGUGCUCUUGAUCGCUGUGUGAUGGGUAUAACCGCAGUAGAGAUUCUGAAUGCGUGUGAUGAAGCUGUACCUGCAGCUCUGGACUCUCUCAAUCACCCCGCUGUCAAUCUGAAACAGGCCAUGACCCGACGCAGUCUGGCUGCACUCAAGAACAUGGCCCAUCACAAACUACAGACACUCGCAACCAACCUACUCGCUGCAGACAAUGCAGACAAGGGUAACCUGCCCAAAUACUCUCAUAACUCACUGGUUGUCCAGGCCAUGAAGACCAAUAUCACAGAUCCUGACAUGCACGUGCUGUUUUUCGACGUGGAAGCCGUUAUCAUUCAGUUAUUGACCGAAGAGGCUCAACGGCCAAACCCUACGCUUGUCUCGCCAGAAACGCUGCAGAAGACACCCGGCGGGGCAGAUAAGGGCGGCUCCUUCCUGGCCAACAAGAUUUUCAAACAGGUGAAAGAGACCAUUAAAGAGAACAUCAAGGAGCAUCUGCUAGAUGACGAUGAGGAUGAAGAGGAAGAGCAGAGGCGUCGGGAGGAGAAGUCCAAGUCUCUGAGCUUACUUGAGUAUAAUCUCACCAUGGACACGGCUAAACUCUUCAUGUCUUGCUUGCACGCCUGGGGUCUAAAUGGAGACCUCGACGAGGUGUGUUUGAACCGACUGGGCAUGCUCAGACCGCACACGCCCAUUUCCUUCGGCUUGAUCUCCCGCGGCAGUCACAUGUCUCUCCUGCUGCCCACCUUUAAAGAUUCUCUGCUGAGGCGGUUGGCGCAAGGCUCGAUGGAGGGCCGGAAACUGUCCAUCUCCGAGAUCGUGGGUAAGGGCACGUAUGGCAUAUCCAGAGCGGUAACCACACAGCACCUGCUGUCCGUCAUCUCGCUGGCCAACACGUUGAUGAGCAUGACCAAUGCAACGUUCAUCGGAGAACAUAUGAAGAAAGCACCGGCCAGGCCCCCAAGACCGGGAACUCCAGAGACCCAGAGAAAGAGCAGCACACAGGCCUCCAGUCCGGCCAUGCAGAGCCAGAUCAAACAAGCUGCCGUCGCUGUCUCAUCUUCUGCUUCAGGAGUUACUCACUCGCCCUCAGUCAAUGAAGGAUGGAGUCAGCUGGCUGCUAUGCAUUGCGUGAUGUUGCCUGAUCUUCUGGGUUUGGAAAAAUUCAGGCCUCCUUUGCUGGAAAUGUUGGCACGUAGAUGGCAGGAUCGCUGCCUUGAGGUUCGUGAGGCGGCUCAGGCUCUUCUAUUGGCAGAACUGCGUCGGAUUGGUCAGUCAGGCCGGAAGGACACCAUCGACUUGUGGGCACCGUACCUGCCGCAGUAUGUGGAUACUGUCAGCUCUCCUGGAAGCGCCCCAGAAACAGCCCAGACGGCUCCGCCCCCUCCUGAAGCUCUGCCCACUGAACCCAAAGUUCAAGAGGAAGAGAUGGAUGUGACCGACGAUGACAUCACAGCAGGAUGUUUGUCUAACCUUCCACCCAAUGCUAAGAAGAUCUGUAACUCGUAUGAGGAGAGGAGAAAACAGGCGACGGCCAUCGUCCUGCUGGGUGUGAUCGGUGCUGAGUUUGGGGCAGAGAUUGAACCUCCUAAACUACCGUCUCGUGCCCGAACCAGCAGUCAAGCCCCCGAGGGUUUCGGUCUGACCACCGGAGGCUCCAACUAUUCACUGGCCCGUCACACCUGUAAAGCAUUGACAUUUCUUCUUCUUCAGCCGCCCAGUCCCAAACUGCCCCCGCACAGCACCAUCCGCCGCACUGCAAUUGAUCUGAUUGGUCGAGGGUUUACGGUGUGGGAGCCGUAUAUGGACGUGUCCGCCGUUCUCAUGGGUCUGCUGGAGCUCUGUGCCGAUGCCGAAAAACAGCUGUCCAACAUUUCAAUGGGUUUGCCUCUGAGUCCUGCCGCUGAUUCCGCCCGAUCGGCUCGUCACGCCCUCUCGCUGAUCGCCACCGCUCGACCUCCUGCCUUCAUUACUACUAUAGCAAGAGAGGUUCACAGACACACAGCGAUGCAGUCUCAGGGUUCUCAGUCGCAGCAGAACGUUCACGUUACGACUCUCGCACGAGCCAAAAACGAGAUCCUGCGAGUGAUCGAGAUUCUCAUUGAGAAGAUGCCGUCAGAUGUGGUGGACCUGCUGGUGGAGGUGAUGGACAUCAUCACGUAUUGUAUUGAAGGAUCUCUCCUGAAGAAGAAAGGGCUGCUGGAGUGUUUUCCAGCCAUCUGCAGGUUUUACAUGGUGGCUUAUUGCGAUCGCAGUUAUCGUAUCGCUGUUGGAGCGCGUCAGGGAUCCGUCGCUCUUUACGACGUGCGGACUGGAAAGUGUCAGCAUAUUCACGGACACAAAGGGCCGAUUACAGCCGUUUCCUUCGCUCCAGACGGGCGUUACCUGGCAACUUACUCCAAUGCUGACAGCCACAUCUCCUUCUGGCAGAUGAACACAUCUCUGUUGGGCAGUAUUGGGAUGUUGAAUUCAGCUCCUCAGCUCCGCUGUAUCAAAACCUAUCAGGUUCCUCCAGUGCAGCCGGCGUCUCCCGGAUCUCAGAACGCCCUCAAACUCGCCCGACUGAUCUGGACCUCCAAUCGUAACGUCAUCGUCAUGGCUCACGACGGCAAAGAGCAUCGCUUUAUGGUUUAAGAGGUCAAGCAUCUGAGCUGAGCUGUUUCUCACUGCGUUUACACUCUUUACAUCUGUCGGUGUUCAUUCACAUUCCUGUUUUUAUUUACGUUUUUUUUAUAAAGAUGAGACAACAAUUUGAACCUUGUUUAUUAUUUUUGUUUAUUAAAAUCCUUGUUUUAUGUUUGAAGGUUUAAAGAUGGAUGGAACAGAGUUUGAUAUUUUAUUUACUUAUUGUUUCCUCUCCUAAACCAGGUUUGUCCACCAAACUUUAUUUGUGUCCUGGCUGCACACAAACAAACAUGCAGAUAUAGAGAAACACAUGCAGGUGGAGCGGUACAAUGCAAAAAUGACUUUCUUACUUAGUAUUUUUUGUCUUGUUUUCAGUACAAAUAUCUAAAAUUCUUUAAUUAAGAUGUUUUUUUCUUUAUGAGCAAAAUUACCUAAGAAAAUAAGUCUAGUUUUUAGACAAAAAUAUACAAUUUAAGUGAAUCUGUGCCUAAAAGAAGCAUAACAAAUAUUGGAAAAAAAAAUACUUUUUUCUUAAACACUUAAUUGAAAAAAGUUUAAAAACAUAAAUUCACUUAUAUUUUAUACACUGCAAAAAAUUAUUUUCAAGAAAAUUUUUUUUCUUGUUUUCAGUAAAAAUAUCUAAAAAUUCUUAAAUAAAGAUGCAUUAUCUUGAUGUGCACAAUGACCUAAGAAAAUAAGUAUAGUUUUUAGACCAACAAUAUCAAAUGUAAGAGAUUUUGUGCAUAAAUCAAGCAAAAAAAAUCUGCCAAUAUGGGGUAAGCAAAAAAAUCUUGAAAAAAAUUUUAUACACUAAAUUCAAGAAAAUUUGAAGAAAAAUUUGCUUACCCCAUUGGCAGAUUUUGUUUGCUUGUUUUAUGCACAAAAUCACCUACAUUUUAUAUUUUGGUCUUAUUUUCUUGGGUCGUUUUGCUCAUCAAGAAAAGGCAUCUUAAGAAUUUUAGAUAUUUUACUGAAGUAAAAGUAAAAGUGAAUUUAUGUUUAAAACUUUUUUCAAUUAAGUGUUUAAGAAAAAAGCAAAUUUUUUUCAAGAUUUGUUUUGGUUCUUUUAGGCACAAAUUCACUUACAUUUUUUAUUUUUUGUCUAAAAACUAGACUUAUUUUCUUAGGUCAUUUUGCGCAUCAAGAUAAUGCAUCUUGAUUUAAGAUAAUUUUAAUAUAUUUGUUCUGAAAGCAAGGCAAAAAUACUAAGUCAGAAAGUAAUUUUUUCUAGUGUACGUCUCACUGUCGACACAGAGAUUUAAUUUUGAUGUUAUUUAUAAUGAAAGAAUCGAUGUUCACACUGGAUGACUAGAAUCAUAUCAUAAUGUAUCAUAAGAGCAAGUUUUAUUUUAGCUUGUUGUGUAGUUGUGAAAUAUUUCAGUGUGUUUUUGUCUGUUUGUGUGUGUUGUGGGUUAGUAAGAUCGUAUAGGUACUGAAAUAUUUGCAGUAACAAACACAAACUGUGCACGCCAUCAUUUAUUGUUAGUAAUGUAAAUAAACAAAACUCUCAAUCUGAGAUUUUACCGCAGUAUUUGAUGUUUAUAAAAGCGCUGUAAAAUAAUAAAUCUCACAAAGAAAUUAGGUACCAAUAAAAUAAUAUUAUAGUUAAAGGAAAUGAAGCAGACGGUUAAGAUGAAUGAAGCUGAUUGUAGUUACUGUAAUACAUGAAUAGUCUGGACGUAAUGGUUCUUUAAACGUGUUAGUCAUGAAAUUGAAUCAGAUUUAAUUCAACGUUGUAAAUAAUACCAGGAUUAAAAGUUUCAGGUGUACUUUACCAGCUGUACAAUUCAUCUUUUUAUCUGAGUUACAGUAAUGAAAAUGAGAUUUUAUUUGGACUCAAGAUUUAUUUUCUGUGUUUCUCCUGUGAACAUCAUUACAGACUUCAACAUCAACACACCUGCAACGUCAGGUCUGUCCACAGAAAUCCUUCUGUCCAAGAUAAUUGCCAUCAUUCACAUCAAACCUCAUUGUGUGUAAGAGAGAGAGAGAGAGAGAGAGAGAGAGAGAGAGAGAUUCAGUAUGAGUCUGAAGUUAUAAUCCUCUGAAAACACAAACUUCUCUCAUCAUUUAUACACAUUAAUGUUUUACAAAAGCUAUCAGACUCUCUUCUGUCAAUGAUGAUGUUUAGUGAUGAGUUCAGAUGAGUUACAUGAGAAAUCUGAUGAUGGAGAAAAUUAUGACAGAAUUGUCAUGUUACUGUAGAUUAAAUGAAUCUGAGGAUAUAGUUUGUGCGUGCAUGUGCGAGGUUGUGUGUGUGUGGUUGUUUCCUGAUGUGGCUUUUAUGUGUCCUAUAGAUUAAUGAAAAAGUCCUUGAACGUUCCAUGAACUGACAGAAAAUUUGAAUCAUAAGUGAUUGAUUUUUUCAUGCAUCUAUUAAUGUCUUAAUCUCUCUCUUUCUCUAUCUUUCUCUCUCCUUUAUGUUGUAAAAUAUUCACACUUUCAUGGUGCUUCAGUCUGUCGUGCAGAAUUUCAGCGUGGCUCGUUGUGUACGUGGAUAUAAAUACGAAUGCUUUAUCUAUCGUCUAGAUGUGGUGAACAUUAAGACCAUCAGACCCACAGAUGUGUGUAUAUGUAGAUCACUGAAUAUAUCACGCUGUGCUUUAUUGCGGUUAUGAAUAAAUAUUGUUGUGUAAUUGUGUUGAAUAAAGAUUUACCAUGAGAA